GUAAAACCCUGAGUGACAUAGAGAAGAGUUGGGUGUUGCUGGAGAGAGCUGAACAUGAGCGGGAGAGCGCCCUGCAGGAGGCGCUGCUCCGCCUGGAGAACCUGGAGCAGCUCGCCCUCAACUUUGAGAGGAAGGCAGCACUCAGGGACGGGUAUCUGGAGGACACGCUGCGUCUGAUCCGGAGGCAGGACCUCCGCGGCCUCUCCAGCCUGGAGGAGGCCCAGGCCGCCGGCCGGCGUCUGGAGGCGCUGGCCACCGACGCCCUGGCCAGAGAGCCGCGCUUCGCCGCCCUGAGAAACAUGGCCGAGGCCAUCGAGAGGGGAAACUACCACAGCAAGGAGCACAUCAUCCGGAGAGAGCAGAACAUUAGCCAUCGAUGGAAGGACCUACUGCAGCAGCUCCAAGAGCAGAGGGGGCUGCUGGGUAAUGUAGUUGAAAAUCUAAGCGUCCUCCGAGACAUUGAGCUUGUCUCCCAGGAACUCAACGAACUACAG